UGUUAUUAUUUGUUGGCUUCACCUACUUGCUUAAACAUAGGCUAGCCCUUUUGUUCCCAGACCACUCCAUGCUUAGGUACCAGGGGCGGACUGACAACUCAUGGGGCCCCCCCGGGCAAUAGGGGAUCAUGGGGCCCCUGUGUCCUUGCCCACACUCAAAAAAGCCUAUGAAAAAGGUACCAGGGGCAUCUCAUGGGGCCCCCUACUGACCCCAGGCCCUCGGGCAGUGCCCGAGUUUCCAAAUGGUCAGUCCGCCCCUGGUAGG